AUGCUGUUUUUCCGCCGAGGAGGCCCAGGAGCCCGGCGCCUGCUGCCCUGGCUCCUGCUGCUGGCAGCCUGGCGGGCGGGCAGCGCCCAGCUGCGCUACUCGGUCCCCGAGGAGGCCCAGCACGGCACGUUCGUGGGCCGCCUGGCGCAGGACCUGGGGCUGCCGCUGGCCGAGCUGGUGCCGCGCCUGUUCCGGGUGGCGUCCAGGGCCGGCGGGGACCUGCUGGAGGUGAACGUGCAGAACGGCAUCCUGUUCGUGAACGCGCGGAUGGACCGCGAGGCGCUGUGCGGGCGGAGCGCGGAGUGCAGCGUGCACCUGGAGGUGGUGGUGGAGCGGCCGCUGCAGGUGUUCCACGUGGAGGUGGAGGUGAGGGACGUCAACGACAACCCGCCCGUGUUCAGAGCCAGGGAGCAAAGGAUUUUUAUUCCCGAAUCCAGGCUGCUGGAGUCGCGGUUUCCGCUAGAGGGCGCCGCGGAUGCGGACGUUGGCGCCAACGCCCUCCUGACGUACGCGCUCAGCCCCAGCGAUUACUUCUCUCUGGAAGUACAGGCAAGCGAGGAACUGAGUAAAUCUCUUUCGCUUGUGCUUAAGAAGUCUCUGGAUAGGGAGGAAACCCCAGAACAUCAUUUGUUACUGACAGCUACUGACGGGGGCAAACCAGAGCGGAAAGGCUCAGUGCAGCUGCUGGUCACCGUGCUGGACGUGAACGACAACGCGCCGCGGUUUCAGCAGGCCGUGUACAGAGUCCACCUCCCGGAGACGACCGCAAACGGGACGUUAGUGACCACGCUGAACGCCUCCGACGCCGACGAAGGCGUCAAUGGCGAGCUUGUCUUUUCCUUUGGCGGUGACGUUUCUCCUCACGUUCAAGAAACAUUCGCCAUUGAUCCCGGCUCGGGAGAAAUUAGGCUAACUGGUGCACUGGAUUAUGAAGAAGCAACAUCCUACGAAAUCCAGGUCAACGCAUUUGAUAAAGGAAGCCCUCCGAUGUCGAAUCACUGCAAGGUGCUGGUGAAAGUGCUGGACGUAAACGACAACGCCCCGGAACUGGUGGUCACCUCACCGUCGAUGCCCAUCCGCGAGGACGCUCCCGUGGGCACGGUGGUCGCCCUGGUCAGCGUGUCCGACCGCGACUCGGGCGCCAACGGGCAGGUGAGCUGCGCCCUGACGCCCGACGUGCCCUUCCGGCUGCUGUCGACCUUCAGGAACUACUACUCGCUGGUGCUGGAGAGCGGGCUGGACCGCGAGCUGGUGUCGGGCUACGGCGUGGUGGUGACGGCGCGCGACGCGGGCUCGCCGGCGCUGCGGGCGUCGGCCAGCGUGUGGGUGGAGGUGGCGGACGUGAACGACAACGCGCCCGCGUUCGCGCAGGCCGAGUACACGGUGUUCGUGAGGGAGAACAACGCGCCGGGCUGCCACCUGGUGACGGUGUCGGCGCGCGACGCGGACGCGCGGGAGAACGCGCGCGUGUCGUACUCGCUGGUGGAGCGGCGCGUGGGCGAGCGCCUGCUGUCGAGCUACGUGUCGGUGCACGCGGAGAGCGGGCGCGUGCACGCGCUGCAGCCGCUGGACCGCGAGGAGCUGGAGCUGCUGCGCUUCGAGGUGAGCGCGCGCGACGCGGGCGUGCCGGCGCUGGGCAGCAACGUGACGCUGCAGGUGUUCGUGCUGGACGAGAACGACCACGCGCCGUGGGUGCUGCCGCGGGGCGCGGGCGGGCCGGCGAGCGAGGCGGUGCCGGUGUGGGUGUCGCGGUCGGCGGGCGCGGGCCACGUGGUGGCGAAGGUGCGCGCGGUGGACGCGGACGCCGGCUACAACGCGUGGCUGUCGUACGAGCUGCAGGCGGCGCCCAAUGCGAAUGCGAAUGGGGCGGCGUCGGCUGCGGCGGGCGGGGCGCGGCUCCCGUUCCGCGUGGGGCUGUACACGGGCGAGAUCAGCACGACGCGCAGCCUGGACGAGGCGGACUUGGCGCGCCAGCGGCUGCUGGUGCUGGUGAAGGACCACGGCGAGCCCGCGCUGACGGCCACGGCCACGGUGCUGCUGUCGCUGGUGGACGGCGGGCAGGCGCCGGCGGCGGCGGCGGGGGUGGCGUCCUCGUCGCGGGCGGGUGCGGCGGCGGCGGCUGCGGCGGGCGGCGCGGCGGCGCUGCUGGACGUGAACGCGUCCCUGAUCGUGGCCAUCUGCGCCGUGAGCAGCCUGCUGGUGCUGACGCUGGUGGUGUGGACGGCGCUGCGGUGCUGGGCGCCGGCCGCGGAGGGCGCGUGCGGGCCGGGGCAGCCAGCGCUGGUGUGCGCGAGCGCGGUGGGGAGCUGGUCGUGCUCGCAGCGGAGGCGGCAGCGGGUGAGCGGCGGCGAGGGCGCGCCCAAGGCCGACCUCAUGGCCUUCAGCCCCGGCUUGUCUCCCGGUGUAAAUACGUCUGAGAGAGGUGAACAUCCACAAGCAAACUCGGAUCUUUCCGGUAACGUAAGUCCAACUUCCCAGUUCUGGGUUUCAAUUUCGUUUUUAGAUAUAACUUGUGUAUCCAGGUUUUUAAUGUAA